AUGGAUCUUGGAAUUAUUGCAGAGAAUGAGAGUGUGCAGCUGGAGGACAGGAGCCAGGAGAUGCAGCAGCCUGCAGACCCACAGGAGGAGAUGGGGAAGCUGGCUGGCUCCAGGACAGACUUCCCAGCCAGGAUGGUCCUGAGUGAAGAGGAAAAACUGAAGAUUUCCAAAGAGCUCGUGGAUCUCCAGAUCGAGACAAACAGAAUGAAGGAGCGUUAUGAGACAGAGAACUUCCAGCUGAGAGCCAUGAUGCAGGCGCUGGAGAGACGGGUGCAGGAGCUGGAGCAGGGCAGGGCCGGGCUCCGGGAGGAGCGGGAUUCCCUCCGGGAGCGCCUGCACAGCCUGGAGAGCAGCCGGCAGGAGCUGGGGGAGGAGUUCAUCAUCCUCAAGAGCAAUUACCUGGCCCUCGGCAGAGAGCUGGACAAGGAGGUGAUGAGAAAUGAGGAGCUGACCCAGGAGCUGCUCAGCCUGGCCAAGGAGAGCAGCCUACCCCCCGGCUUGGCCCAUCAGUCCUCCCAGGGACUGGGAAGAGGGAGAGCAGCAGGACAGCCUCGCUCUGCUCACAGGGGGAAGCCCGAGGAUGCAGCUGCCUCUGAACACGAGCAGCAGGAGCUGGAAAGAAAGUUGCUUGGAAACCAGGAUCACAUAAAAGCAGAACUGGAGACACUGAAGAAAAGGCACGAUGAGCAGCAGCAGAAGCUGGAGGAGCGAGUGCUGGCGCUGGGGAAGGAGCUGCAGGAGGCGAAGGGAGCGGUGCCGGCGGAGCGCUCAGCGGUGCUGCUGCCGUCCCAGGGCCGGCUCCAGGAGCUGGAGGCGGAGAACUCGCGGCUGCAGCUGCAGCUGAAGGAGCUGAACGAGGAGUAUCGCUGCCGGCUGGCACGGUGCCUCAGGGACCUGGCAAACUACAUGGACAGCAAACCCAGCAGUGUGACAGGACCCAGCAAAGCCCCAGCUGCUCAUGCUGCCAUGCAGAACUUUGUGGACAGCAUGCUCAGGGACAUCCAGGCCUCCUACAAGUGCCGGGAGGAGCAGCUGGCCCGGGCAGCCCGGGGCUACAGGAAACGCCUGAAGGACUUGGCCAAGAAGCACGAGAACCUGCUGAUUGCCUAUGGGUGGCCAGAACCAGCAGGUCCCAGUGAGUGGCACCCCCAGGAGCAGCAGAGCUCCGGUGGUGUCACCCAGCAGGGCGGGCAGGCACUGACCCUGUGCUGGUUGCAGGCUGCAGCGGGAGCAGAUCUGGUCCCUGGGCAGCAGCACCAUGGACUGUGGCCCUGCCGAGCUCCACCUGGCCAGCACUGACCCCCAGCUGCUGACAGACAGCUCCCGGGAGCUGAACCGCCUCUGGGGGCAGAAGGCAGAGCUGCAGGUGCAGCUGCAGGAGCUGCAGCAGAAAAGCCUGAAAGGAGCCUCUGCCCUCCCAGCACCUCCAGAGCAGAGGAGCUGGAGCAGCAGAGGAGCCAGCUGCUGACUCGGGCUGUGGUGGCAGAGGAGCAGGUGGUGGAGCUGCAGGGCUACAUCGACCAGCACCUUGCCAGGUACAAGCAGGAGAUCGUGCGGCUGAGGAAGGCUGAGGGCAGCGAGGUGCCCCCAGUGCCCCGUGCCAGCAGUGCCAGCCAGGAGCCAGAGCAGCCCCAGCCUUGGGAACACCCCACUGCAAGGGAGGUCUGUGCUUCAUGGACUGCCAGGCAAGGAUCCUUCUCGGGCUGGGAGGUGGGAACAGCAGGAGAAACCACGCGGGUGUUUCUGCUCUAAAUUCACAGGACUGAAAUGAGAGCAGACAACAGAACCUGGUCUGGGCCCUGCAGGAAUUCUGCUCUUCCCUGAGCACCCCUGGACACGGGGCAGGGAUCCCAGGCAGUUCUUCACUGCUGGGCUGCAGGGACAGGUUCCUGCUCCUGCUGGAAUAUUUUUCCUGGAUGAGACCUGGACCAAGGGCUGCUCCUGCCUCACUCCCCUCACCUGUGAGACAGAGCCAAGGCUGGCUCAGACCAGGAUUUCUUCUGAGCUUGGACAAAGGGAUGAGCUGCUCUUUCCCUGGGAGGGUGGGGAAAGGCUGCCCAGAGCAGCUGUGGCUGUCCCAGGAUCCCUGGCAGUGCCCAAGGCCAGGCUGGGCAGGGCUUGGAGCAGCCUGGGACAGUGGGAGGUGUCCCUGCCAUGGCAGGGGUAGAACAAGAGGAGCUUCAAGGUCCCUUCCAACCCAACCCUUCCAUGGUUCUGUGCCUCUGUGGUGGGGAAACCCCACUUUCCUGUGUGUUUGAGUGGAAAAUGGAAUAUUAUAUUGACGAGCAGGGCCAAACUGAUCCUGCACUGAGGUGGAUGGCAGAGCAAAGCCAGGAGCAGCACCUGCUCCAACUCCAGGACCAUCCAGCACCUUAAAGACAAAGCAAAAACCUCAGAGGUACAAUCAAC